CUUUGUUCCUUUUCUUUUUUUGGUAAAGGCUUGAGAGAGUGGAUAUCCUACCGCUUACUGCGGAGGAGCAGGUCAGUCAGGUUCCCUGGUGCUCUAUUACACAAGCGAGAUAUGGCCAACCCCACCUAAUUGUGUUUCCCUGGCACCCUCCUUCUCCGAGUGACGUUGUCACACUUAACUCCUCUGUUUUCGCUAAUGCACGGCAGACUCAUUCCAGCCAGGACAAUUGUGAUAUUUCAGUUCCUGUUUUUAAACACCUCCUAGACCCGAAGAGCAAUACCGAAGAAGACUACAAUGUUGACCUUAGCCAAAAUCCUGGUGAUCUCAAUUCUGUUCAGUUCACUACUAUUUGGGAUCCAUGGGAAAAAAACCCUAGAAAUAAAUGCAACAGAAAGCACAACAGAAGGACUGAAAACCGUGAAAAAUAAAUCUAUUUCUUUGGAAAGAGAAGCAAAUGUAAACUCUGAUACAAGAUCUAGAAACACCUCCAAUCCCAAGACAAGUAAUUCGUCUCUUCUGGAUUCAUCAAACAAAAUUCAUGAACUAAUAGCUCUUUCUGGCAACCUGUCAACACACAACACUUCUGGGAGUCCAGGACCCACAUCCGCACAGUCUACAAGUUCUCCCUUGAUCCAUAGCUUUGUUUCUAAAUUGCCUUUGAACUCAUCUGGGGGCUAUCCGUUGGUAGUCUCAGCAAGUCCCAAUGCUACAGCAACAUUUUCUUUAGGAACAUCCCCAUGGUUUUUGGCUAAUGAUAGCACAGAAAUUGCUGACAAUAGUUCUGUGACAGUUGCCCUCCCCCCUCCAGAACCAACCACCAAAUCUCUGACCCCCUUGACAAUGGAGCCAACUGGAGAGUUCACUACAAGCAGCGAUAGCUUUGCUGGGUUUACCCCCUAUCAAGAAAUAACAACCCCACAGCCCACCUUAAAGUUUACCAAUAAUUCAAAACUCUUUCCGAGUACAUCAGACCCUCAAGAAGAGAACAGAAAGACAGGAGUCGUUUUUGGGGCCAUUUUAGGUGCUAUUCUGGGUGCUUCGUUGCUUAGUCUUGUUGGCUACUUGUUGUGUGGAAAGAGAAAGACUGAUUCAUUUUCUCAUCGGCGACUUUAUGAUGACAGGAAUGAACCAGUUCUGAGAUUAGACAAUGCACCGGAACCUUAUGACAUGAGUUUUGGAAAUUCUAGUUACUACAACCCAAGUGUGAACGACACAACCAUGCCAGAAGGCCGAGAAAACGCAUGCGACAGCAUUCCCAUGGACAGCAUCCCCCCUCUUCGUACUUCAGUAUAAAAGUGAGAGGGAGAAGCUUCCAACAGCAAGUGUCCACCUAUAUCCUGAAAGAUCUGGGCGAGAUCCCUGUCAUGUGGAUGGUGUCGAGAACUGGAAGAGUACAAGUAGUAGCAGAAACACAGAGACAAUAAACCCUCCAAAGGUUUCCUCUCUUACAAUUUUUGGUUGUGCUGAAGCACCUAUUAAGUAACCUUCAUUUGCAUUUUGGCUUUUUUGUUUUUUCAAAAUAUUUGUAGAAUCAGGCAAAACUAAAAUAGUUCAUCAUGAAAGCCUUGCAUGAUAUUUUAAUAAUAAAAAAAUCCCUUCAACAAUAAUAGGAAACCAAAAUUGUAUUUUCACAUUGGAUGCAAAAACUACUGGUGUUUUCUCUUCAUUGUGCUCUGCAGUCCUGGUGACAGAAAUCAAGACUAGCAUUUUCUUAAAAGAAAAUUGGAGGUUUUUUUGUUUUUUUUUUUUUUUUCAAUUUUGACUUAAAGCUAAGAAAGAGGAUAGGGCUCAGUUUCUGUUCAGUGCAUUUUGCUUUUUUGUAUCAACACAUACACAGCUGAGCCUGUUGAGUUGCUAGAUUAAUAAUGGAGGAUGGUGGGACGGAGGGAAUCCAGGAGAAGAAAGAAGCAAAAUAUUUAAGGGAUCCAAAAUGGAAAGAAAUCUGCUGAUUAUA